CAUCGGCGGGGCCCGCGGCCGGCACCCCCGCCUCCAGAUGCCCUGUCUGCGCAAGAUGGAGCGGAUGAUCGUCAGCAUGCAGGACCCCGACAUGGGCAUCAAGAUGAGGAACCAGCGCCUGCUCAUCACUGUCAUCCCCCAUGCCAUGACAGGGAAUGACAUCGUGGAGUGGCUCAUCCAGAAGUACGGCAUCUCUGAGGAGGAGUCGCUGCACCUCGGCAACCUCAUCGUGAAGCAUGGCUACAUCUACCCCCUCAAAGACCCCCGCAGCCUGGUGCUGCGGGCGGACGAGUCGCCCUACCGCUUCCAGACCCCCUAUUUCUGGACCAGCACCAAGUGGCCGGCUACGGAGCUGGACUACGCCAUUUACCUGGCCAAGAAGAAUAUCCGCAAGCAGGGUGACCUGAUCGAGCACGAGAAGGACAACUACAACCUCCUGCACAAGCGAAUCAACCACACGUGGGACUUCGUGGUGAUGCAGGCGCGGGAGCAGCUCCGGGCGGCCAAGCAGCGGCGGAAGGGCGACCGCAUCGUCAUCGACUGCCAGGAGCAGGCGUACUGGCUUGUCAACCGGCCCCCGCCGGGAGCCCCCAACGUGCUGGAGCAGGGCCCUGCGCGCAGGAACUGCCACACCACCCGUGUCCAGCUGACCAAGAACAUGGAUUACUACAAGCGGGAGAUUGAGUACUGCAGGAAGGCCAUGGCCAGGACCAGGGUGAAGUCCUCCAUCUGCCUCGAGGGGUACAUCAAGUUCAACGAGCAGUACGUGCCCCACGACCCCAUCAUGUCCGGCUGCCUGCCCAGCAACCCCUGGAUCACGGAUGACACCACGUACUGGGCCAUGAACGCCCCCACGGUGCCGACCCCCACGAAGCUGCGCGUGGAGCGCUGGGGCUUCAACUUCAGCGAGCUCCUCACCGACCCCCUGGGCCGGGCGCAGCUCCUCGACUUCCUCAAGAAGGAGUUCAGUGCCGAGAACCUGAGCUUCUGGGAGGCGUGCGAGGAACUGCGCUAUGGGGAGCAGUCCCGUAUCCCUGAGAUCGUGGACUCCAUCUACCAGCAGUUCCUGGCUCCCGGGGCCACACGCUGGGUGAACAUCGACAGCAAGACCAUGGAGCGGACGCUGGAGGGCAUCAAGACGCCCCACCGCUACGUGAUGGAUGAUGCCCAAAUGCACAUCUACAUGCUGAUGAAGAAGGACUCCUACCCACGGUUCCUCAAGUCGGAGCUCUACAGGAACCUCCUGGCCGAGGCCGUCAUCCCCCCGGAGACCAAGAAGAGGGUCUUCCCCUUCAUGCGCAAGCAGCGGCACUCCAGCCCCAGCCCGGCCCUGCUCCUGCCGGCGGGCGACGCCGAGGAGAGGAGCAGGGGUCCCACGGCUGCCCCCGUCCCCGAGGAGGAAAGCUGA